AACAAAGAUCACAAAGACAUCGAUUUAAACACCAUCUCCAUUUUAUCAACGCAUCGUUUAUUGGCUUUUUGGCGUGGAAAAGUGAAAAAAUAAUUGACAAAAAGUCCACAAAAGUGCCGCACUAUGAACACACUGGGUCCUAAGAAGGACGGAAGUCCAAAUAUAGACUUUUUCCAGUCGCCGGAAACGCUGCAGGGUUUCGAAUCAAUUCGCCAGUGGCUGCAGAAGAACUGCAAGAAGUAUUUGGCCCACAGUUCGGAGCCCAUCACGAAGGAGUCAUUGGCCCAAUUGCUCAUCCACUUCCUGCAGUAUGUGGAAGCGAAGCUGGGCAAGAAUUCAGCGGAGCCGCCGGCAACCAGAAUUCCGAUGCGCUGCUUUCUGGACUUCAAGAGCGGCGGUGGUCUGUGCAUCAUCUUCUCGACCAUGUUCCGUUUCCGGGCCGAGCAACGCGGCAAGAAGUUCGACUUUUCUAUUGGCAAGAAUCCCACGCGCAAGGAUCCUAACAUUCAGCUGCUGAUUGAGAUUGAGCAGGCAUUGGUCGAGGCGGAUUUGUACCGGAUACCAUACAUCUAUAUUCGGCCGGAGAUUGAAAAGGGCUUCGAGGGAAAACUGCGCGAGAUCCUCGAUAAUCGGCGAGUGGAGAUUGUGUCGGACGAAGAGGACGCCACCCAUAUCGUCUAUCCCGUCGUGGACCCACAUCCCGACGAGUAUGCGCGGCCCAUUUUUAAGCGCGGCGGCCACGUGAUGCUGCAUUGGUACUACUUCCCGGAGUCCUACGAUUCUUGGGCUGUUAAUAACUUUGACUUGCCGGAUCACAUUCCGGAGAAUCCCGAGUCACCGGCGGAACGCUGGCGGGUGUCUGCAUCCUGGAUCGUGGACUUGGAGCAGUACAAUGAGUGGAUGGCCGAGGAGGACUACGAGGUUGACGAACAGGGCAAGAAGAAGACGCACAAACAGCGUAUGUCCAUAGAUGACAUCAUGUCCUUCGGCGACGAGAAGAAGAAGCCUGCCGCCAGCUCGGGCGGAGGCAAGCAGAAAAGACGUCGCUCACCAUCUCCCGCUACUUCGGCAUCCACCUCCAAGCCGGGCAAGCGUAAGCGUUCUCCCGCCGUGGUGCACAAAAAGUCGCGCAACGAUGAUGACGACGAGGAUCUAACCCGCGAUCUGGAUGAUCCGCCGGCCGAGCCCAAUGUUCAGGAGGUUCAUAAGGCAAACGCCGCCUUGCAGUCCACCGCCAGUCCAGCUCCGGGCGGUAAAUCUCGUGGCGACAACGACAUGAUGCCUAUUAAGGGCGGCACUAUGACCGAUUUGGAUGACGAAAUGACUGGAGGAAGCGCUGCUCAAGCCAUGUCAACCGGAGAUGGAGACAACUCGCAGACAGGCAAGACAAGUGAUAACAGCAACACGCAGGAAUUCUCCUCAUCGGCCAAAGAGGACAUGGAGGAUAAUGUAACCGAGCAGACGCACCAUAUUAUCGUUCCCUCGUACUCGGCUUGGUUUGAUUACAACUCCAUCCACGUGAUCGAGAAACGUGCCAUGCCAGAAUUCUUCAACAGCAAGAAUAAGUCGAAGACACCGGAAAUCUAUAUGGCCUACAGGAACUUUAUGAUUGACACAUACAGGCUUAAUCCGACGGAGUAUUUGACCAGCACAGCGUGUAGGCGUAAUCUUGCAGGAGAUGUGUGCGCCAUAAUGCGGGUACAUGCCUUCUUGGAGCAGUGGGGCCUCAUUAACUACCAGAUCGAUGCGGAUGUCCGCCCCACCCCAAUGGGUCCACCACCGACCUCACACUUCCACAUUCUUUCGGAUACACCAUCGGGUCUACAGUCCAUAAAUCCGCAAAAGACGCAACAACCGUCGGCAGCAAAAACACUGUUGGAUCUGGACAAAAAGCCAUUGGGCAAGGAUGGUGGCCUGGAAUUAGGCGAUAAAAGUGGUCUGACUGGCAUCAAGACAGAGACUCUUGAGAAUGGCGCUGCCGGAGGAUUAAGUUCCGGUGUGAGCCAGUUUGGACUCAAGCUGGAUCAGUACGCAAAGAAGCCGGCGGCAAUGAGAAACCGCACGGCGGCAAGCAUGGCACGGGAAUGGACCGACCAGGAGACCCUGCUAUUGCUCGAGGGCUUGGAAAUGCACAAGGACGACUGGAACAAGGUCUGCGAGCACGUUGGUUCUCGCACCCAAGACGAGUGCAUUCUGCAUUUCCUGCGGCUUCCGAUCGAGGACCCUUAUCUAGAGGAUGAUGGUGGCUUCCUUGGCCCGUUGGGUUGCCAACCCAUUCCGUUUAGCAAGAGCGGCAAUCCCAUUAUGUCAACUGUCGCAUUUCUGGCAUCUGUGGUCGAUCCUCGCGUAGCCGCUGCAGCAGCAAAGGCUGCCAUGGAGGAAUUUGCAGCCAUUAAGGAUGAGGUGCCCGCCACAAUAAUGGACAACCACAUGAAAAACGUGGAAAAAGCUUCGGCAGGUGGUAAAUUUAAUCCGAACUUUGGACUGGCCAACAGUGGAAUCGCAGGAACCGGAAACGACAAGGACGAUGAAGAGGGGAAGGAGGGUGGCGCAUCUGCAUCCGCCGGCGGCUCUGAUGAGGAAAUGAAGGACCUAAGCAAAAAAGACGACGAUGCCAAGUCCAAAGACAAUACAAAAUCGGAUAAGACUCACACGAACACAGACUCGAGUUCCACAUCAUCAUCAGCGACAGGCAACACCAACAACACUGACAAGAAACCAAAGGAGUCAUCCGGCUCCUCGCCUUCGGGCGAUAAGUCAGCCACCAAGUCAGACAAAUCAAACAAAUCCUCACCCACAGAAACCGCAGCAUCCGCAAGUGGCGGCGAAGUGGACAUCAAGACGGAGGACAGCAGUGGCGAUGGCGAGACUAAGGACGGCACUGAGGCCAAGGAGGGAUCGGGAACCGGGACAGGAUCAGGGGUGGUGGCAAAGGAAGGCACGUUUAGCGAGAAUAAUAUGCAGACUGCGGCGGCGGCAGCUCUGGCAUCCGCAGCAGUUAAAGCCAAACAUCUGGCUGCCCUGGAGGAGCGCAAGAUCAAAUCCCUGGUGGCGCUCCUCGUUGAGACUCAGAUGAAGAAACUGGAGAUCAAAUUGCGCCACUUUGAGGAACUAGAGGCCACUAUGGAGCGAGAACGCGAGGGAUUGGAGUAUCAGCGUCAGCAGCUGAUCACAGAGCGUCAGCAAUUCCACCUGGAGCAGCUAAAGGCUGCCGAGUUCCGAGCGCGCCAACAAGCACAUCAUCGCCUUCAGCAAGAGCUCCAGGGCCAGGCUGCCGCGGGAUCUAUGAUUUUGCAGCAGCAACAGCAGCUACCACAGCCCCAGCAGCAGCAGCAACAGCAAUCAUUACCGCCGCAUCCGCACCUGGCGCAGCAGCAGCAGAUGCCUCCACAUCCGCACCAGCUGCCGUCGCAGUCCCAACCGCUGGCGGGUCCCACCGCUCAGCAUCAGCCGUUGCCCCCGCACGUAGUUCCGUCGCCCAACGGUGCUCCCUUUGCAGCGCCACCGAUUGCUCUCACGGGAGGACUCCCGCCAGGGGCUCCAACGGCCAUUGUAACGAAUCCGAGCGACCAAACCGGACCAGCCGCGGCGGGAGCAGCGCAAUCUCAAGCACCUACACCAAUGGAUACCACACCGCCAAGCAGCGGUCCAGUUGCAGAUGCCAACGCACCGCUGGGAUCGGGAAUGCCACCAGGGGGCAUUCCUCCAGCGAACACCGCUCCCAUUGCCGGAGUAGCUCCCUCUUCUUAACUCUUACUCAUAGGCCAGAAAACGUUAAAGUAAAUAGCUGUAAGUCGUACGCUCUCAGUAUGUAUUAUGUAUACUCCACUUUAAGCCCAACUCUUGUGUGUAAUCUGGAGGAGAUGCACUGCAUCUUGCGCACCUCCAGUUUCGUGUAAGUUUUCGUUUCGGGUCCUGUCGCGUUAACAAGCAAUUGCACAAAUAUUUUGAACCAAGUUUCAAAGCCGAAAAUUGGCAUUCAAUAAACAUUUAUUUAAACUA